AUGCUUUACAAACAUAAUCUUAAUUCUUAAUUUAUACAUAUUUUAAUUUAUAUUUUAUAAAAUAAUUUUGUUUUUCUUUAAUUUACUUUUAUAAAUAUUAUCAUUAAUACUUAUAUUUAUAAUUUUUUAAAAUUAAUUUUAAUCAUCCUAAACUAGGUAAAACCUAAUAAAAAUGAAAAACCUUUUAAUUAACAUCGUAAGCUGCAACUUCUGUAUUGCAUUAACUGCAUUCAGCAAUAAAAUGAAUUGCAAAAGUUUCUUAAAAAUUUAUUUAUUUUUACAUUUUUUACAAUCAAAGCUCUAUAUUAAUUCUCAUAAAUCUCAUGCCUUUAACAAUCAUAACAUAAUUAAGUAAAACAUUUUGGACAACUUAAGAUAGUAUUUUAUUUAUUUAAGGAUUUUUAAACCCAUUAUUCAUCUUAUUCAUCCUAUAUAGGAUUAAAGAAUUACUCUUCACUCUUAAUUUACUUUAUCAUUUCUUUAUAUUUGUUAUUUUCAACUUCAUUUUCUACAUCUUCCUCUUCUUCUUAACUUGAAUUAUCAAAAACUACAUUUUUGAAAUCCUUUUAUUAUUCUUUUAUUUCUUUGUUCAAGUAGAAAGAUCUAAAUAGAAAGGAUUUACAUUUAGUUUAGGACGUUAAGUUAAAAAUAAAAAUAUUAAAAUCAAAUUACUUAUAUCUUCCAUUUUUUAUAUAUAAUAAAACAAAACAAAAAAACAGGAAAUAAAAAAUAAUGGAUAUUCUACACAAAAUUAUUUUAAAACACCAGGACCUGGAUAAUACGAUCUUGAUGAUUUUUAAAAUAGCAGACAAUUUUAUUAUACUUUUGGAUAAAAGCUAUUAACAAAGAAUGAAUAAACUGAUACCUGGACCAGGUACAUAUGAAGUUAAAGGAUUAAAUAAAUUUGGAAAUUAUUUUGUUUCGAAAUUUUAAGGAAGCAAGACAUCAGUUAUUUCACCUCCAUUAAAAUCAAGAUAUGAUUAAUAUCAUAUUAAUAAAUUAAAUGAAAUUCCCGGACCAGGCUAAUAUGAACAAUAUAUAAAAUAAUAAGGACAUUAAUUUGCUUAAAAAUUCAAAUCAACUUUCGGAGGGAAGUUUUCAAAUGAAUAAAGAAUGUUUACAAUCGGAUCUAAAUUUAUAGUACCAGGGCCUGGUAGUUAUAAUAUCAGAAAAAAUAUAAUUUUAAAAUAAGAUAAAAAAGUUAAAUGA